AUAAUGACGAAUUCGUCAUUUCCGAAAUGAUGGCUGCCGGAGCGGGAUUGUUGUCAGGGCGAGGCGUUGGAUUUUAUCGUAGGAAGAGACUUCGGUUUUUUGCCGGGUCUGUCGGCUCUUUAUCGCGGCAGGGCUCAGUGAGAACCAAUGGCUCGGACGCAGUGUACGAUGUGGUGGUGUCGGGUGGUGGCAUGGUGGGAGCCGCCAUGGCUGCUGCUCUCGGGCAUGAUGUUCAUCUCUCUGAUAAGAGAAUUCUACUACUUGAAGCUGGUCCAAAGAAAAGUUUUAACCGUUUAUCAACAGAUUAUAGUAAUAGAGUCAGUGCUAUCACACCUGGGUCUGCCACACUUCUAAGUAGCUUUGGUGCAUGGGAACAUAUCUGCAAUAUGAGAAUCAAACCUUUUCGGAGGAUGCAGGUGUGGGAUGCUUGUUCUGAGGCCAUGAUAAUGUUUGAUAAUGAUAACCUGGAAGAUAUGGGUUAUAUAGUGGAGAAUGAUGUUAUCAUGUCAGCUCUAACCAAACAGUUGGAUGCAGUUUCAGACCGAGUGGAAGUUCUCUACAGGAGCAGAGCAGUUGGGUAUACCUGGCCCCUUCAUUAUCAAACUUCUGACUCAAGCCCUUGGGUCCAAAUUGAUUUAGCAGAUGGACGCAGACUUCAGACCAAACUGCUGAUUGGGGCAGAUGGCCAAAAUUCUAUGAUCCGGAAAGCAGCUGGUAUUCAGAAUAUUCGGUAUCAGUAUGAUCAGUCAGCAGUAGUUGCUACUCUUCACUUGUCUGAGGCAACAGAUAACAAUGUGGCAUGGCAGAGAUUUCUUCCAUCAGGACCAAUCGCGCUCCUACCGCUCUCUGAUACAGCCAGCUCUUUGGUCUGGUCCACGUCACAUGAACAUGCAGCUCAACUUCAGAGUAUGGAUGAAGAAAAUUUUGUGGACUUAGUCAACUCUGCUUUUUGGAGCAACGCAAAUCACUCAGACUUCAUUGAUACUGCUGCAUCCAUGUUUCGAUCUGCUGUUUCUCUCUUGAUGCCAUCGGGGACUACCGCCCGACAGCUACCCCCAAGUGUUGCAAAAGUUGAUCCUAAGAGCCGAGCUGUAUUCCCUCUUGGACUGGGACACGCAACAGAAUAUGUCCAAUAUCGUGUAGCCCUUAUUGGUGAUGCAGCUCACAGGGUACAUCCUUUAGCUGGUCAAGGUGUAAAUAUGGGUUUUGGUGAUAUUUCAUGCUUGACAAAUUAUCUAAGUGCUGCAGCAUUCAAAGGAAAAGACCUGGGUUCUUUAAGUCAUCUUCUACAAUAUGAGAGAGAACGACAGAGGCACAAUCUUUCUCUCCUGGCUGCAACUGAUUUGUUAAAGAGACUAUACUCUACAAAUAUGGCUCCUUUUGUGCUGCUGAGGACGUGGGGAUUGCAAGCAACCAAUGCUGUACCUCCAGUUAAAGAGCAGAUCAUGGCGUUUGCUAGUAAGUGACAACCCUGUGAAUCCAGAGGUACAUGCUCACUUAUGAUUGCUGGAUAUCCAUUUACAUACUAUAAAGACUUGAAUGUAGUAAAGGAGAUAUAUAAGGUUGUUAGACUUCCUUAUUUUGCCUGAAGUUGUUCUUUCUUCCAAUGAAUACAUCAUUUGGCUUUCUCUUAGAAUUCCAAAAACUAUCCAAUGGUAUUCAAUUUCUUAAACUGUAAAAAUUGGCCUAGCAAAGGAUUAUUGCUGGAAUAUGAUUGCUUGUAAUCAUAGUAACGAACAACUUAAGGUUCAAGUAUUGAACCAAGUACAACUUUCUUCUCAUCAGCUUGUCCUCUUAUUGUCUAGGGGUGGUACAACAUAGAUGAGGCAGAUGUUGCUUGCCAGUUAUAUCCUUAAGAAGUGUAUUAUCUGAAAAUAAGAGUAGCAACAGUGAAUAUCAAUUACAGACUGCCGAAGAACAUUGUUGAAAUAUUUUAAUUACUAAAACAAACAUUCAGAUGUAUCCUAGCAUUUUAUGUAUCAAACAGCUGGGUCUGACAACAUCCAUGUAACUGUAUUACAGCACCAAGUAACAAGAAUAUGACUAUAUGAAUAGUGAUAUUCAUGCUGUUCUCUGACAAAUAAUUUCAGAAUAAAAUGUGUGUUUCUGAAAAAAAUAUUCUAAAAUUUAUCAUUGCACAGUUACAUUCAGUGCUACAUAUAUAGGCUUGUAUUAAAGGAAGGGACUUAAUCCACUUACAGUUUAGCUUAAUUUUAUCUACUUAGAUUUAAAUUACUUAUUAACUAACU